UUUUUCUUUCUCCAGUAAUCUCCCAAUCGACCGCCGCCGGAAGAGGACAGUCGCGCCACUAUCAUCACCGAGGGUUUGCGGCGGGGGUGGGCUCUGCGUCUACUGUAGGCCGCCGCCGGUGCUUGGAGCCGCCUCCGGCCGGGGAAGUUAGCUCCGAGAUCUGCAGCCGUGGAGGCGAGCCGCGACGCCUUGGUGAGGAACCGAGGGGAUGGAUUCCCCCAUGGCGAACAAGACGACGGAACCAGAGGAGGAAGAUAGGUUGAGCGCGCUGACGGACGAUGUUUUACUGUCGAUCUUGCGGAAAGUCAACAUAAGCACGGCCGCACGGACAAGUUCGCUGUCAACACGGUGGAGGCAGCUGCCCUGGCUGCUGCCCGAGCUCAGUAUUGAUGUCAGGUGGUUCCUACCUGCUCCACACUCAGACCCGAUUGAGGCAAAUGACAUGCAGGAAGCUAUGGUGGCUCUAACUAAAGCAACUAGGAGUUUAUUGUCUAAACCUCGGAGAGGAUCCACCACCGCGAGGCUGGACCUUGUGAUCUACUUGAUCAAUACUUUCUUGUCUGACCUUGGCCCACUGGUAGGUGAUGCAGUCGAUUGUGGUUUGUUAAAAGAUUUGGAUCUCACCAUUCAUGACGGGACAGAUGCUCUUGACCGUAAUGAAGAGUAUAUGCUUCAGCGAGCGCAGGAUAUAUAUGGGUUUUUCACUGCCUACCCUAGUGUGCUCCAUUGCCUCACAAAGCUCUCUCUGUACAAUGUAUGCUUCAGUGAACUGGACAUAAAUCGUGUCCUGUUUGACAGCUGCAAGGAACUGAAGCAUCUAUUCCUCAUUUACUGUGAUACUGGCCGUCACACUCCCUGUAAGAUAGAUGCACCAAAUUCAAAACUCAGUGUUUUAGAAAUCCACUUCUGUCGCUUUGAGAUGCUCGAGUUGGUCUGCCUUCCAAAGCUGGAGAAGCUCACAUGGUAUCAUUGGUUGUCUGAAUAUAGCCCCUUGCUGAUGUGUUAUGUCCCAUCUCUUGGGGAAUUAGAACUCUCAUCUGCGUUAACACUAAAGCAUGUACCAUUUAAAUUAAGUGAGGUUCUACAUGGAACCACAAGCAUACAUACUCUGACAUUGGACUUCCAAGGAGAAAAUCUUUGGAUGCAACCUGAAAUGAAGCAACUCUGCACCGCAUUCAACAAGCUAAGGAAGCUGUCUGUGCGUGGUAUCUUUGUUGAAUUUGACAUUAUAUGGACGACAGCCUUUCUUGUGGCGGCACCCUCCAUUGAAAUAUUAUGUAUUGAGGUAUGGGACCAUGACACAUGCGGAUGGGACGACAAUUAUAACAGAAAGUUGGUAUUCGCCGAUAGAAAAAAUCCUGAGUGGGAGAUGGACUCGCACAGCUCCAAGAACUGGCUACUGAAGGAGCUCCAGAUUGUUGGCUUCAGGCCGCUGGAACAGCAGUUUACAUUUAUAAGGGCCUUGCUGGAGCGAGCCCCCAACUUGCAGACGAUUGUCCUGAAAGGAGACAUAGAGUGCGUGUGGGAUUGUGUCGCCCUCAUAAGAGAGGCUUUAUUUCCAAAGACUGAGGAUGAGCAAGAAAUGGUGGUGAGGCGAAUCACAGACGGCAAACCCUCGCCCCGAGUGAUCUUCUAUGAAUGAUCCUGUUCUCUUCGGAUCAUCUUUGUUGUUUAAGCCGCAAGGACGGAGUUGUCUGUAUGCGUCUUAUGUGUUCAUUCAGACAGUUGGAUAUGAGCCUGUGUAAUGAAUCCAGUGAGAGUGAGAGAUUGGUAUGUGCUAGGAAGUAGGAACUAAGGCUGGGUUUCAUUUCGUGAGAAGCACAGCAUGCAUGCAAGUUCAUGUUCAAGUUGAACUUCUGGUGCUAGCUAAGCUAUAUUCUUUCUUUCUUUUGGUUGGUUGCUUGCAUGCUGGGAAAACCAUUAAUCCUGAACUUGUGAUGCCUGCGCUA